GAUGGGGCCCUCGGUGUGCUGUCAAGGCACCUUCCCCCUCGUAACCCUGUGAUCUAGGCAUUAUUGUUGCCAUUUGGGUAGAUAGGAAACUGGGGCUCAUGGGGUUAAGUUAUUUGCCCAAGUCACAGAGCUAAUGAGUGACAAAGCUGGGAGUUGAGCCCAGAUCUUUCUGAUUCCAGAGACAGAAGUGUUUGGUCCAUAUCGCCAGUGACUCACAAAGCUGGUGCAGAGCCUGAGAAUCUCCUCAGGACCUUUGUAAAAAAUACAGAUUUGGGGGUCCUGGCCCUGCUGUCCCAGGGGUGAGGAGCGCUCUGCUGAACCAGGCAGCCCUGAGGUGUAAGUGAGGCCUGGGUGCGUCCUCGGCCUCGUGCCUCAGGAUCCGCCCUCCCUUCCUUGAGGUGUGGCAGGACAUGCCUGUGCCAGGGACAGGGCUUUUUGAUGCUCUUAACCCAGGCUCCUGGGUGAAGGCCACUGAUGUUGCUUGCCUCACGACAGUAUUGGGAAGAGUCCGUCUAGCUGUUGAGGUAUUUUCGACAUUGGGAAUCCCCGUUCACGUAUCUUCUCCCCAAAGAUCCCUCGGACUGUGCCUCCAGCUUCGUGAAACUGCAGUUGCUGCUACACCUGUCCCUUUGGUGCCCCUGGGGCCGGGAUGAUGUCAGCUGUGCCAUCUUCAGAGAGAAGACACGGUUCAAUGUGCAGACCUUCUCCCUCUCCAGCGUCUCCACCCUCCAACUCCAGGACAUCACUAGUACAGGUGAAGACAAAAGCCUGUCUCAGCGGCCAUAACUCUGCCAGCAGCACCUCAAAGCCAUUCAAAACGCCCAAAGACAAUCUACUUACCUCCAGCAGCAAACAGCACACAGUCUUUUCUGCGAAAGGAUCAAGGGACAAACCAUGCGUUCCGGUUCCUGUAGUCAGUUUAGAGAAAAUUCCUAACCUAGUGAAGGCAGAUGGUGCCAAUGUCAAAAUGAACUCUACAACCACCGCUGCGGUCACCGCCUGCUCCACCUCGACCUCGGCUGUCUCCGCCCCACCCUUAAUUAAGCCGGUCUUGAUGUCCAAGUCAGUGCCACCUUCCCCAGAGAAGAUCUUAAAUGGCAAAGCAAUUUUGUCCACCACAAUAGACAAGAAACACCAAAAUGGCACCAAAAACAACAACAAGCCUUACAGGAGACUUUCAGAGAGAGAAUUUGACCCAAAUAAACACUGUGGAGUAUUGGAUCCCGAGACAAAGAAACCUUGCACAAGAUCCCUCACCUGCAAGACACAUUCGCUAAGCCAUCGGAGGGCAGUCCCGGGCAGGAAAAAGCAAUUUGACCUCCUUCUGGCGGAACACAAAGCCAGGUCCCGAGAAAAAGAAGUUAAAGAUAAAGAGCAUCUUCUGACUGCAGCGAGGGAAGUUCUUCCAAACCAAUCUGGGCCGGCACAGGACCCUCUGCCAGGAUCUUCAGGGAGCUCUGGGCCAGAACCUAAAGUCACAUCCCCUGCAAAAUCCAGGCCACCUAACUCUGUGCUUCCUAGACCAUCAUCUGCAAAUAGCAUAAGCAGCACCACGUCUUCAAACCACAGCGGCUGCGCUCCGGAAGCCCCUGUGCCCCCCGCUGCAGGUGACCUCGCCAGCCGACUGUCAAGUGAUGAAGGGGAGAUGGAUGGUGCCGACGAAUCCGAGAAGUUAGACUGUCAGUUCUCCACCCACCACCCUAGACCUCUUGCGUUUUGCUCAUUCGGGAGUCGCCUCAUGGGACGAGGGUACUAUGUGUUCGAUAGAAGAUGGGAUCGUUUUCGAUUCGCACUAAACUCCAUGGUAGAAAAGCACUUGAAUUCACAGAUGUGGAAGCACAGAAACCCGAGCCACAGGGCGUCAGGUCCCUCCCCCCUUUUCAGGACUUGCCUAACCAACCUACUGUCACUGAGCAACAUUGGGGCUGCCUGGGUGUCAACUCUGGAGAGCGUAGCACCCCGCUGCCCUCUCAACCUCGCUGCCCAAACCCCAGGCCCGGACGGGCCCGAACCUGGAGGGAAGGCAGCCGAUGAGGGCGUGGAAGACAUUAGGAAGAAAAGGAACGGCCAAGACUCUUUUUUCUUUAACAAGCAUUUAACUCUGCAUCAGGAGACGCCAACACAGUAUUCUCUUUCAGCCAGGAAAAUCCCUCCUGCGGCAGAUAGCCCCAUGCCCUCGCCAGCAGCCCACAUCACCACCCCCGUUCCAGCAUCCGUGUUACAGCCCUUCAGCCACCCCAGUGCUGUGUAUCUUCCUUCAGCUCCCAUCAGCUCGAGACUCACCUCUUCUUACAUCAUGACAUCAGCCAUGCUCCCCAACGCAGCUUUCGUGACAUCGCCGGACCCAAGCGCCCUCAUGCCACACCCCACAGCUUUCCCUCAUGUGGCCGCAACCCUCAGCAUCAUGGACUCAACCUUCAAGGCCCCAUCCGCCGUGUCCCCGAUACCAGCCGUCAUCCCUUCCCCAUCCCACAAGCCAUCCAAAACCAAAACCAGCAGAUCCUCAAAAGUCAAAGACCUGUCUGCGCGGAGCGACGAGCCUCCAAGUAACAAAAAGAGGAAGCCGCAGUCGUCGACUUCCGCCUCGUUCUCCUUGCAGACCUCCCUCCCGUCCCCCUUGUCAGGGCCCCACAAAAAGAACUGUGUUCUGAACGCCAGUUCCGCUUUGAACUCCUACCAGGCGGCUCCGCCCUAUAACAGUCUGUCCGUGCACACCUCCAACAACGGGGUGAGCCCACUCAGUGCCAAACUGGAGCCCCCAGGACGGACCUCGCUGCCCGGCGGGCCCCCGGACAUAGGGAGACACCUGGGCUCCGUGGGCGGCAGCGACUCCUGUCCCCUGGCAGUGCCCUCCCUCGCAGGUGACCUCUCUCUGGCCUCACACAAUGCCGUGUCUUCUCUGCCCCUCUCUUUUGACAAAUCAGAAGGAAAAAAGCGUAAGAACUCGAGUUCUAGUAGCAAAGCCUGUAAAAUCACUAAAAUGCCUGGUAUGAAUAGCGUUCACAAAAAGAACCCGCCCAGCCUUCUCACACCGAUGCCCGAUCCCGUUAACAGCACCUCCUCUCGGCAGGUUGGGAAAAAUAGCAGCCUCGCUCUGUCACAGUCCAGCCCUUCCAGCAUAUCCAGCCCAGGACACAGCCGACAGAAGACCACAAACAGAACGGGCAGGAUAAGGACUCUUCCAUAACAAGACUAUGAAGCCACUUCCAAUCCAAUGCCUGGCCUCUGGUCCCACCCAGGGGGCCAAGGGGGCAGGGAGUGGGCAGUGGGGGAUCCACUUCCUGGGCCCGCCUGUGGCUCUGGCCUUUCUUUUUCUUUUUUUAAUGACCAAUUUUUAGUUUUGGAGAAAAAGAAAAAGGCAAAAGAACGUGAAUUUGAGAUUUACAGAAAACAGUACCAGUGUUUUGUUUUCGUUGUCUUUCGUUUGCCACAUGUACACAUUCUUCCAAGCUCGGGGCCACUCCUCCAGCUUCUGAUUCAACUACUGCACCGUCGUCUUGCUCCAGCCACGAGAGCAGACGGUCGGGAUGUCAGUUCCCGGUUGGCAUCAUCGGAAACUCGAACUUUAGCACGUGCAGUGCUCCUUUCCUUGCCCUCGCCCGCCCGCCCAUCCCUCCCCACCCAUCCCCUCCUACCUGCCACUCACUGGGUCCCCAAGGCCAUCACAGGAAGUUGCCUCUCAUAAGCUCACCUCUGGACGCUGUGCUGGGGAGGGGCUUUGCUGGGGAGCAGCCGAUGGUUGGGGAGCGGAGAACAGAGGCAGGAGGGUGGCCGAGCACACUCAUCAGGUUUCUAGGGCGCACCGGGUCCACUGUCCAGCUGUGCAGCUCAGAGAGGAUCUACUGGGUCAGGUCUGGACCGGGCCUGGGAAGUGGUAGGAAGCAGAGAAUGAGGGUAGGAGAAGCUAUCCCUCAGGAGAUAGUGGGGAUGGGGUGGCUGUGGUCAUCUGAGCUUGUUAGGAAUCCAGGCUGCAAAACCCCUUCCUGGGUGCCAUGUGCAAGAGCCCAAAGCUGGGCGAGCCAGAGAGGGAAGCACCCCCGGGAGAGGGCAGGGGACCCCAGGAAGCCACUCUGAAGAAGGCACGGUGCCCACAGCUGUGGACAUUCUCCAGCCGCCCUCCAGGGCUGAGCAAGAAGAGAAAGAAGGAGGGAAGGAAGGAUCUGGGGGAAAGCUUCCAUGGAGGGCUAUGUGUCAAACGCCUGGUGAGAAUGAAUACUUGCCCCACCCUCACGCCUCUGGGCCCUGGGCCCCAAGGCCCUGGGACUCGGCGCCCCCUAUAUAAGGGUCUGCUGGGUUAUCAGAGGCCCAGCUCAGAGACAGCCACCCCAGGAAAGAGUGGUAAGGCCAUGCCACUCCCUAGUGACGGGGAGCGAAGCUGGAGCCCCACAGCUAUGAAACUGCUCACACUGGAGUUUGAAAGAAACCCCAAUACUGUAAGCUUUAAUCAGGAAUCAGUCCGGAAAGUAACUCACAGUAUAAAGUAAGUGUUCUGUGCUGUUCAUCAUGUAACUUGGCGAGCGAUGCAACGGCGCAGGUAGUAGGAGUGCUUGCUUCAUCCCUACAUGAGAAAGGAAAGCCGGUGUUGCAGCUGGACACACACCCUCAUCCCCACCCUGAAGUUUCCCUUCCCAUCCCCACCCCCAUCCCAAAGAUCAGACUACUGUUAAGUUUCAGCACGGAAUUGAAUUUCACUAAGACGGGAGGCUAGCGGAGUGAUUUGCAUCAAUGAAAUUGCACUGACAGUGUUUCUUAUAGGAUUACUACAAUUUUUUUAAUAUAAAAUGAAGAUUUUUUAAAAUCAUGAGUUGAUAUUAGGUACCAGGACAUUAGUUCAGAUGAUUUCAUUUUUAUUUCUACAGUGUUAAAAGUGCACUUAUAUGCUGGUUUAUUUACAUCUUGGGAAAAAGAGACUGCAAAUUGAAGGGAAGAUUGUUACUUUUUCUUUUUUUAAAAAAAAAGGUUAAGGCAGAUUUAAGACUUAUAAAUGUUUAAGAAAUUAUAAACAAGAUUAGAACCUUUGAAAAAAAAGUUUAGAAGAUAUUCUUAAAGUAAAUUUUUAUAGUGUUAAUUUUGUAAUAAUUUAUGUUUUACUAUAUUACAGAGCUAACUGACCAGAAUAGUUUCAGAAACAAUAUGAAACUUAGGAAAGUUUAAGCAAUGUUUAUAUUUUUAAAAUGUUCUUUGGAUUAUGUUUUUAUUGUACAUUUCUUCAGACUGAAAAGUAUGUACAUAUCUGUUAUUUUUGCACAAUUUUUGUCUUGUUCAGUUUUAGACGUCUGUGUGUUGUUGUUGUUUUUUUAUAAUUUAUUUUGAGUUGUAAAACUUGCAGGAGUAAAAACAAAACGAAAAAAAUCUCAGCAACAAAAUAACCCUCUGAUCUAUAAACUCUUAACAUCCAAAGAGGGAAAACGAAGGUCGAGAGAUGAAGUGGCUGCUUCUGCGAAAUAAUGUCUGGACAGGGACUAAAGGAGCAAUUCAAUCAUCGGCGUAAACGUUUUCGCUCUCUACAUCUAGAAUUGCAAGCUGGGAUAGAGAGGCUACCCACCGAAUGCUGCUGACUUGGUGAAAGACUGGCUCUGACCAAGGCGAGGACAUUUCUGGAAAACUGAGCAAAAAGGGAAAACCCACAGUGUUUCUUCCUUCACAGUCAACCACAGGUUUACUUUAUAACAAUGUAUUCGAAACUCACAGCUUGAAAAAAUGGAAUGCAAAUAAAAGGUUUUCUAUGG